GCUGUCUUGGACCCUGGGGCGGCGGCCUAGCCCGCCGCCCUGCCUGCCCGUCUUCAUGUGGACCCCAGGAGUCUGGUCCACCGUUUUGACGGUGCCGCGACUGCUCCGCCCUUUUCAGCUCGUGGCCGAGAAAAUGCCAUGGCUUGAUGGCAUCCUCCCGCUCGCACACGUGGUGCCUUUUCUCUUGUGUCUUUGCAAACAUUCCUUCUUGUAUACAUCAUCUCCCGCUCUCGCUUGCUCUUGCUUCCCUCCCGCCCCGCUGCCAACGAGGCUAGCAGCAGCCAAGCGAAUCCAUCUCCAUGUCUCGGGACUUUAGUGCCGUCUGCGCGCUCUUGGGCUGACGCACGUCUCCCUUUGACUCGACCCUCCAUUCCCUCUUGUCCUUGGCUGGUGAGAACUCACCUUGGCUCUCGGGGAGUCUCUCCACGGUUGUUGCCUAUUUUCUCGGCACAUAACGGUUGUAUCAUACAUGCCAUCUCUUUCUUUUCGAGACUCAUGACAGGCCGGGGUGCCUAAGCUGGACCUAUUUUACACUCUCUCGCUCGACUUCAUUCAGCUUCCUCUGGCUCUCUCCUUCACAGAUUAGAGACUAGGCGAUGCCUUUCCUACACGCCCUUUUGUUGUUGGGCGGCCUGGCCAACGCGGCCGAUCUCACAAAAUAUGUCUUUACCGACACCGGCUCUGCGGGCGGAGGCAACACCUUCCCCGGCGUGAGCGAGCCCUUCGGCAUGGUCAAGCUGGGCCCAGACCUGUUUACCGGCGGCGACAGCUAUUCGGGGUACCAGCCCAACGGCGAUUUCCUAGGCUUCAGCAUGCUUCACCUGAGUGGUACUGGCGGAGCCCCAAAGUACGGCGUGGUGGCCCAGAUGCCGGUGCCGGGCAAGGUAGAGAAUCCGCUGGGCAACCAUAAAACGGGUCGGGAGACUGCGGACGUCACCGAGGUCGGAUAUUACAGGUCCAAGCUGAAGACGGGCGUGACGGUCGAGCUCGCCGCUUCAAGCCGCGCGGGAAUGUAUCAGUACACGUUCCCAUCUGACCCGAAGCCGCGAAACGUCAUCGUCGACGUCUCCCACGUCCUCCCAUCCUUCCGCGGCAUGGGGCUGGGCCAGCACUACCUGGGAGGCAAGAUCGAGGUCGACAAGGACGGCUCGGGCCAGACUAGGUACCGCGGACAGGGCUCGUACGACAACGGCUGGAACCGGUCUCCCAAGUGGACCGUCUACUUUUGCGGAGUCUUCAACGAGUCUGCCACCUUCAAAACCUUCCUCGGCGACUCGGCGGCGGGGGAAACCCUGUCCCGGUACUCGGAUGCCUCCAAGGUGGAACACGCGACCAACCGCCUGGGCGCCGUCUUCACCUUUGACGCGGCAGCCGUGAGCUCACGCGUCGGCGUUUCCUUCAUUUCCGAGGAUAAGGCCUGUCGAAACCUACAGGACCAGGUGCCUGCCGGCACGCGCCUGUUGGAGCUGAGGGACAAGACUCGCGACGUCUGGAACUCGCAGGUGCUCUCCAAGGUGACGGCGAACGACAAGAACGAGGACAACCUCCGGCGGCUCUACACCUCGAUGUACUUUAUGCACCUGAUGCCCACCAACAAGACGGGCGAGAACCCCAAGUGGGACUCGCUUGAGCCUUACUACGACGACGUCUUCACGCUCUGGGACCUGUUCCGGUGCACCACGGCGCUGUUCCACGUGUUCCAGCCGUCCAUGUACGAGGACUGGAUCCGGUCCAUGAUUGACACCUGGCGCCACGACGGCUACGUGUCCGACGCGCGGUCCUCCUUCUUCAACGGCGCCGUCCAGGGCGGCAGCAACUCGGACACGGUCUUCGCCGACGCCUUCAUCAAGGGCGUCCGCGGCCGCAUCAAUUGGGACGACGGCUACGCGGCCAUGGUCAAGAACGCCGAGGUGCAGCCGCCGAACAACGACGACCCCAGGGACAAGUCUUCAUCGACCAAGGAGGGGCGCGGCGCGCUGCCCGACUGGCUCAAGCACGGCUACGUCACCACCAAGUACGCCCGCUCCGUGACGAGGGCGGUUGAGUAUGCCGGAAACGACUUUGGGCUCUACCAAGUAGCAAAGGGGCUCGGAAAGACAAAGGACGCCGAAAAGUACCUCGGACGAUCGCGGCAGUGGAGAAACCACUGGAACACCAACAUGAAGUCGCAUGGCUUCGUGGGGUUCCUUGGGCCGAUCGGCGAGGGCGGCGCUUUCCUGGAACAGGAUCCCAUGAGCUGCAACGGGUGCUACUGGGGCGACCACUACUACCAAGCGCUCCCCUGGGAGUACUCGAUGAACGCACACCACGAUAUCGACCAGCUGAUCAAGCUCUCAGCCGGUCCCGAGACGUUUGUGAGGCGGCUCGAGACGAUAUUCCAGCCGAACGUGCGCGAGCACGGCCACGAGCAGUUCGACAAGAUGAUCUUCAACCCGGGCAACGAGCCGAGCUUCACGACGCCUUUUCUCUUCAACUUUGUAGGCCGCCAGGACCUGUCGGUCAACACGAGUCGGCACAUUGGCAAAAAGUUCUACGGCGUCCGCCCCAACGGCCUCCCGGGGAACAGCGACGCGGGCGCCAUGGAGUCGUGGAUCCUCUGGGUCAUGCUGGGCCUCUACCCGCUCACGGGCCAGACCACCUUCCUCAUCGGCUCCCCCUGGCUCGAGGACGUGACCAUCUCGCUCGGCGGCUCCAAGUCCCUCCGCAUCCGCUCCACCGGCGGCUCCGAGGACGCCUACUACGUCCAGAGCCUCAAGGUCAACGGCAACGACUGGGACCGCGCCUGGCUCACGUGGGACGACGUCUUCGCCUCAGGCGGCACCCUCGACUUCGUCCUCGGCCCGGAGCCCUCAGCCUGGGCCCGCGACGCCAAGCCGCCCCCCAGCCCCGCCAGCGAGUCGUACGUCUACGACCCGGCCACCGAGGGCCCCCGCCCGCAGCAGCAGGGAGGCGGCGGUAGCGCGCGCCCCGCCUGGGCCACCCCCGUCGCAUCCGCACUGGGCGCCGCCGCGUUCGUCGGCGUCGCGGCCUGGGGCGUCGUCCUCGGCCUGCGCAGGCGCCGCGCCCGCAAGAACAGGGAGGUCCUCGCCACCGCCGCCGGCCGGGGCCGCUCCAUGUCGGGGGGCCCCACCGAGGCCACGCUCGUGUUCGGCCCCGGCGCCGAGUCGUCGUCGUCGGCGUCGUCGUCGCCCUCGCACUCGGCCAAGCCGAGCCUGGAUGUCCCCGUCGGUAGCGGCGGCGUCGUUGCUCGGCCUGUCCCAGAGCCUUGAGAAGGAGGUGUGUGUGUGUGUGUGUGUGAGAGAGAGGGGGAGGGACAGGACGAAAGGGGAGUUUUCGGUUUUUGAAUUUUGAUGCCUUAGUGGGAGCGUGCGGUUAGAAACACCCCCGCUGCUAAAUGUUAAUAGCUAGACGCAGAUACCUAGUUUCCUUUUUCCUUUCCACCUUGGAGUUCGAAUUACCGCAUGCACAUAUCAUGAGUAAGCUCCAAGGAAGUAAGCCUAGGGGUUUCACUUGCACAGGCUUAACGAGAUAGGUAUACAAGACAUGGACAGCAGGGCGCUUUUGCCUCUGCGUUUUGUUCUUUCCUCUCCAC